AUGCACGUGCCGUUUGUGCACUGGGUGGUCGUGGAGGACGCCAAGGUGAAGACGCAGACUGUGGUGGAGCUGCUGAGUAGGUGCGGCAUACGCUACGUCCACUUGCUGGGCAAGCUGCCGGAGGAGAUGCGGGCGCAGCCCCACUGGGGGCGCGUGCCUCGCGGGGUGUCGAACCGCAACACGGGCUUGCGCUGGGUGCGACAGCACGCCACCGACGGCGUGGUCUACUUUGCCGACGACGACAACACGUACGACAUCCGGUUGUUCCCCGAGCUGCAGCGCACGCGACGCGUGUCGGUUUUCCCAGUGGGCCUGGUGUCCCGGCAAGGCGUCAGUUCGCCAGUCGUCAAGGACGGCCGCGUGGUCGCCUUCUUCGACGGCUGGAUCGGCGGUCGCAAGUUCCCCAUGGACAUGGCGGGCUUCGCCGUCAGUGUGGACUGGCUGCGACAGAACCCUGAGGCGGAGAUGCCCUACAAGGCUGGGUACGAGGAGGAUGGGUUUCUGAAGGCUCUGAACAUUGGCAGGGAUGAGCUGGAACCCCUGGCUAACAACUGCUCGCAGAUUCUCGUGUGGCACACGCAGACUCAGAAGGUGGAGCCGUUUGAGCGGGCAAACCUGGCUGACUUCGUCGACACCAACAUCGUAUACCUGACGAAACACCUGAUGCAGAAGACUAGGUGA